AUGCCGGGAAUUGAUCCCAGUUUCCAUUACCAUCGGCUUUCUGUGUGUAAGGACGCCAAGCCCGUUGCCCAGAAGAAGAGGAAGGUGGGUGGAGAAAGAGCCCAAGCAAUCAAAGAGGAGACAACCAAGUUGUCACAAGCAGGCUUCAUUCGGGAAGUCAGGUACUCCACCUGGCUGGCCAACGUAGUAAUGGUCAAGAAAUCGAACGGCAAGUGGCGGAUGUGCACUGACUAUACCGACCUCAAUAAGGCAUGCCCAAAGGACGCGUACCCUCUCCCUCACAUCGACGCACUAGUCGAUGGUGCGGCCGGCCACUUUAGACUAAGCUUCUUGGACGCUUAUUCCGGGUAUAAUCAGAUACCCAUGUACCCCCCGGACGAAGCCAAAGCCGCAUUCAUCACUGAUUCAGCGAACUAUUGUUACAAGGUAAUGCCGUUCGGCUUGAAAAACGCGGGGGCAACCUAUCAGAGGCUCAUGGACAAGAUUUUCUGCAACCAGAUUGGGACAAGUCUGGAAGUGUACGUAGAUGAUAUGGUGAUCAAAUCCGCUUCUGGACCCGACCACAUCAGAGACCUAUGCUCCAUCUUUGACGAAGUACGGUGCCAUCACAUGCGACUGAAUCCGGCUAAAUGCACAUUCGGAGUAGCUGGGGGAAAGUUUUUGGGCUUUAUAUUGUCGCAAAGGGGGAUAGAGGCUAACCCUGACAAAUGUCAGGCUAUCAUCAACAUGAAGAGUCCGAUUAAUGUCAAAGAAGUACAGCGCUUGGCAGGACGAAUAGCUUCAUUGGCUCGGUUCCUGCCCUACAUGGCAGACAGAUCACGACCCAUUAUGUCCCUUCUAAAGAAAGCCACCAAGUUCAAGUGGACCGACGAGUGCGAGUCAGCCUUCAACAGCUUCAAGGCGAUACUCGCUACCCCGCCGUUGUUGAUUAAACCCGACCCCCAGCUGGACAUGAUAAUGUACAUAUCAGUAUCCGACAAGGCCAUCAGCACCGUCUUGGUGCAAGAGAAAACGGAACAGAUGCCGAUUUAUUUCAUCAGCCGAGUACUGCAAGAUGCCGAAACUAGAUACCAACAUCUCGAGAAAACGGUCCUCGCCCUCGUCCACACCUCCCGACGCCUCAGGCAUUACUUUCAGAGUCACCGUAUGCUCGUCCGAACUGACACUCCCAUAACCAAGGUUCUACGAAAACCCGAAUUGGCGGGACGAAUGGUCUCCUGGUCCAUCGAAUUAUCACAGUUCGACAUCCGAUUCAAACCACGUGGGCCCAUAAAAGCGCAAAGCUUGGCCGACUUCUUAAACGAGUUCACGUCGACGGUGAACCCUGACGCACACCUUUGGACCUUGCAUGUAGACGGAUCGUCAAACCAACAGGGCAGUGGAGCGGGUAUCAUCUUGGAAGGACCGGGCCACGUAGUUGUCGAGCAGUCACUUCGUUUCGGUUUCAAAGCAUCCAAUAACCAGGCCGAGUAUGAAGCCCUUUUGGCAGGCUUACGACUGGCAAAAGACUUGGGUAUUUCAAGAAUACAAUGUUGGAGCGACUCACAAGUAGUAAUAGGGCAGCUGAAGGCCGAUUUCGAAGAUGUCCAAGUCAAGCAUACGCCUCGGGAACUCAACGUAAGAGCUGAUCAAUUGGCCAGGCUAGCCAGCAGCAAGAAAGUCAGCCACUUACGAAGUGUGAUACAACAGGAUUUGCCAAAGCCCAGCAUCGCCAAACCAGAGUGCUUACAGGUCCAGCCUGAAAGCCCUGACUGGAUGACAGGAAUAAAGGGGUACUUGACAGCCGGAAUAUUACCUGAUGACCCAUUGGAGGCAAAAAAGAUGAGGAUUACGGCGGCACGAUAUACCCUGAUCGCGGGGGACUUAUACAAAAGAGGAUUCUCGACCCCCCUGUUGAAAUGUUUAACACCGGACCAGGCGCACUAUGUGCUGCGAGAAAUCCAUGAAGGCGUAUGUGGAACUCAUUCGGGAGGCCGAACCCUCGCAGCCAAGGUUCUCCGAGCAGGGUACUAUUGGCCAACCCUGGUUGCGAACUGUUCAAAUUUCAUUCAACGAUGCAAGCCCUGUCAACAGCACGGACCCUUAACUCACCAACCCCCCGAGGGGUUACACGCCAUCGCCACGCCUUGGCCGUUUUCCAUAUGGGGUAUGGACAUUCUGGGACCAUUCCCACCUGCAAAAGGCCAAGUCAAGUUCCUCGUUGUAGCCGUCGACCACUUCACAAAAUGGAUCGAAGCAGAAGCAUUGGCCACCAUCACGGCUAACAACAUACAAAAAUUCUUUUGGAAAAACGUUGUUACCCGGUUUGGGAUCCCGUACGCCUUGAUCACGGACAACGGACUGCAAUUCACUGAUCGACGUUUCAAUGAAUUUUUGAACGGAUUAGGAAUCAAGCACAGAAUGACCUCGGUGGAGCACCCCCAGUCCAAUGGUCAGGCCGAGGCAGCGAAUAAGGUUAUCCUUAAAGAGUUGAAACGACGUCUCGGACAGGCUAAAGGAACAUGGCCGGACCAGCUACCCGAAAUCUUGUGGGCAUAUCGGUGCACGCCUCAGAGUUCAACCAAGGAGACCCCCUUUCGACUAACCUACGGCACGGAUGCAAUGAUCCCAGUUGAGGUGGGAGAACCUUCUCUCAGACGAACACAAUUUGACGAGGACAGUAAUCGGGAAACACUCAAUGUUGAGAUGGACUUGGUGGACGAAGCUCGAGAGCAAGCAUUGGUGAACAUGGAGGCCUGUCGAACCAGGUUAGCAAAGAAAAUUCGAACCAAGGUGAAACCGAGGGAGUUUCAAGCCGGGGAUCUCGUGUGGCGAGUUACCGGAGAAGCACGAAAGGACAAAGCUCAGGGCAAACUUGCACCCAAUUGGGACAGCCCUUUUCGCAUAAUGCAUAACUUGAAGAACGGAGCCUACAAGUUAGAAGAGCUUUCGGGAAAGGCUAUUCCCCGAACAUGGAACGCAACGCAUUUGAAACAUUAUUUCAGUUAA